AUGUUACUGGUUUUAAAUUACCUCACAAUUACAUGGUUGCUGCUUCAAACUCUCACUUACUGCAAGGGAAAUAUUCAUUAUACAUUUUUUCCUUCAGUUUCUCAAGUAGUCACUAACCGUACCUUUCCAGCUACUGUAAAUUUUGAAUCAAAUUCAGAUGUAAUACUUGUGAAGUGUCCAUCCAAGAAAUACAGACAUUCAAAUGUUAAUGAUACCUUUGAUUUGCAUGAUUUGUUACAUUAUUCAGAACUAAAAUUUCAUACUAAAGGAGACAUCUUUGUCUGGACACCCACUGUAUAUAAUGUAAAUAAAGAAAAUAUUUUUAUUUGUGGACAGGUUGCUAUAAAACGUGAUGAAGAAAAUCAUAUGCAUAAAAAUUGGGAGUUUAAAUACAAUUGGCAGUCUAAACCAAAACCAUUUGAAGUAGCAAAGAGAGAGAAAAUAUCAAAAACACUUCCCUUACCUAGUAAUUGUAGCAACGAUCCAACUAAAGUUGCUAAAUUUACCAGAGAUAAACAAGGUAUUAUGAAACGUGUCAAUAUAAAUAAUGGUGAAUUGAAGGAAACAGAUGAAUUACCUCAUCCUAAUAAAUUGUAUUAUUAUUUUUUGGUACCAGAAGAAAAUUCUAUUAUGGAACAUGUACCUCCUUGUGCAAUUAUUAGAGCAGUUAAUGAGAAACCAAAAAUAAAAAUUAAUGGUCAAGAACACCCAGUAUCUCCAAAUAAUAACAAAAUUCAUGUUAUUAAACAAGAAACCAUGACAGAAGUAUUCAAUAUAAAACUUGAGUUGCUGUCUCCAGAUACUCCUGAUUUCUAUAAAGGUGAAAAAAUUUUAAUGAAAGAAAUGAGAUAUACAAAAUUUGGUAUUGAAAACAUACAAAAUACUGAUGAAAUGAUAAUGGACAGUUUUACUCUGCAUCAAUUUAAAAUACUGAAGUUUACCUACAACUAUCCAACAAUUGAAAAUGAUAACGUUGUAGAAAAAAUAUAUUAUUUUGGACCAAUGAAAGAUGAUUAUAACUUUCCAAAUCAAGACAUAUUAUAUCUGGCAAAUGAAACGUCUAUUCAACCAAAUUGUACUAUUAAUGAAAUCACAUAUGGAUAUUUUGACUCUCUCACUUAUGAAAAUAAUACUAUUAAAUUAAAUGAAUUUAUUAAUAAUAAAAAGGAUAAUUUUGAACUUUCUGGAGAUUAUAUUAUUUUAAGAAAUAAUAAAACCAACAUGAUAUCUUUAAUGUGCCGUUAUAUUACUCUUACUGGAACUGUUACUUUAACUCAAACAUUUAUAAAAGGAAAAAAAGUAUUUAUGGGAAAAAACGAAAAAGGUGAAGAUAUUUAUAAAAUCUUAUCAGAAACCGAUGGAUCAGAAUAUGAAAAAAAAAUGGCUGAUAAAAAAAAGGAAAUGGAAUCUAUAAAAAAAUCUUUUAUUGAUAAAUUAAUUGAUUAUAUUGGUAUUGGUGCUACAUAUGGACUUAUUGGUGGUAUAUCUUUAUUUAUUUUAAUAAUAAUUAUUAUUAUUAUUUUACUAUGUUAUUUCAAAUCAAUUAAACCACGUCUUAUCAGAAAAAAAAUUCAAAAAACUUAUCCCAAUAUAUUUGAAUUAUGGAAUGAUAUAUCAAAACAAAAAUUAGAAAAAUAUUCACAAAUUGGUGUUAAAAGAGAUUAUGUUGCUGAUCGUGAACAAUGCCAUGAUUAUAAAAAGACAUGUGAAGGUUUUGAAGAAAUAUUUAUUGAUACAACUUCCUUAUUUAAUAAUGAAUUAGUUAAAUGUUAUAAAGAUAUUAAUGGAGCAAUAACUGCCUAUUAUAUUGACAAAAUUUCACCACAAAAAAAAUAUAUAAUUUCUGAUGGACCAUCAAAUAAUAAUAUUAAUUAUUUUUGGGAACUAUUGUAUCGUGAAAAUGUUAAAGUUAUUGUGGCAUUUAUUGAUAUUGAAGAUGACUAUGUAAAUUAUUGGCCAAAAAAAUCUUCUCAAAAAUAUGGUAAUAUUAAUGUUGAAUUUAUUAAAAAUUUGUCUGCUAAUGAUAUUUCACAUUUAUCUAUUUAUCAUUUUCAAAUGACUGUUGAUGUUGAAAGAAAAAUUAUCAUGUGUCAGGCACCUGUAAGAGAAACUGUUGAUGAUACAUAUGAUAUGUUUUAUAGAUAUCGUGUUAAAGUUGUUAUUUUACUUGUAAGUAAAGAAGAAAUUGAUGUUUUAGAUAAAUGUCACUUCAAAUCAUAUCCUGAUAUCAAUAAAUUUGUUCAAUCAGCUAAUUAUGUUCUUAUAAAUAGAACUAGUAUUAUUGAUAAAAAUAGCUGUUUUUAUGAACAUGAUUGUGAGCUUCAACAUAUAGCCACAAAAAAAACAUUACUUCUAAAAUUAAUUCAAUAUAUGGAUUGGCCUAAUAAAAAUAUACCUGUUGAUAGAAAAACAUUAUAUGGAUUAUACAAAAGAACUGUUGAAUUAUGUAAAAAUGAUUAUUUGGUAAUACAGUGUAGUUCAGGUGUUGGAAGAUCUGGUACACUUGCAAUGAUCAUCCACAUGAUUGAUACAAUCGACAAGGAAAACCCAUUUGAUCCCUUCAAAAGUUUGGACUUUAUAAGACAACAUCGUUAUAAAGGAGUCCAAACUAUAAGUCAAUUUUUCUUGGCUUUAUGUAUUCUUUAUCAACAUUUUAAAGAUGAAAUUAAAUUUGUUGAUCGAAAAUUAUAUGACCAAUUUAUGGAAUUGGCACAAAUUGUCUUUGAUGGAGAAAAAUUAAGUUAUUGCUAA